GUUUAAACGUAACAAGUUUAGCUAAACAAAAUUUUGCAACCAUGUAGACACGGUACAUUUAAAAGUUAAAAGUAAUUACGUGGCUGAUCAGCAUAUCAUUUUAUUUCGCGGAUAGAGGUUUUUGUUAUUAUCCAGCAAGAUGAGCAGCUCUGGUUGGACCGCUGCUGUCAUGAAAUCUCUGUUAGAUCAGUUACAUCAAUUCAAAGUGGAACUGGACAAUAAGCUGAAAAGAGAUACAUAUUUAACAGGUUGGAGCGCUGCAGACUCAACGACUGAAAGUGCUGUCAUGGAAUCUCUAGUACAAAAAAUAACACAGCUAGGAGACAAACUAGACAGAGUGCUGAAAAUGGAUAAAUCCAUUGGUUCGAGUGCUGCAGUGCUGAGUGAUAGUGCUGUCAUAGAACAGCUAGAAUAUCUAAUACAUCAAUGCAGAGAUGAACUAGACACAAGGCUGACAAUGGAUAAACCAUCUGGUUGGAGCGCUGCAGACUCAUCAACUGAAAGUGCUUUCAUGGAAUUUGUGGCACAUCAACUUACAGAAAUAGAAGAUGAACUAGACGAAAUGUGUAGUUUACCUGUACUCUUACCUAGGUACAAGAAAUUAUCGGAUUCAUGUAAGCUUUGGAUGAAGUAUCUUUUACCUGAUGCACUUGUGGAUCUGGCCACCCAUUAUACUGAACCAGUGCUCAUAAAGAGGAGCAAAGAGCAGACUGAGAAAUACUGUCAAGGAUAUGUGAAGUCUGUGCACGCUUCUGGAACGGGAACAUCAUCUCAAUUGUUAUCAAAUGACAGGAAUCACAGCAUCAGAAUAGAUCAGUUGUUCAGUCCCGACUGUGAUGGAAACACACCAAAAACUGUUAUUCUUGUUGGUGAUUCUGGAAAAGGGAAAACCUUAAUGCUACAGAAGAUCAUGUGGGACUGGGCUUCUGAAGAACUUUACACUUUAAACUUUGAUGCAGUUUUUCUUCUGAAGUUUGAUGAGCUGAAGUGUAUUUCUGAGGAGAUGAGCUUGAAUGAGCUCUUGAGCUGGAGCUGCAGUUUAACAUCAGAUCAGAUCUUAGAGAUACUGAAGUUAACACCAGAGAAAGUCCUCAUCCUCAUUGAUGGAAUAGAUGAGUUCUCAUACAAUCCACACAUUCAAAUGUCAUCGCCCACUGAUCCAUUCCAGAAAGCCCCAAUUAUGGACAUUCUUAACUGCCUGCUAAGGGAUCUGUUGCUACUUGAGUCACCUGUGAUUGUCACCUCUAGAUACACAGUUGCUGCUGAAUUAAGCAAUCUGUUUAAAAGACCUCAGCGUUUCACUGAGAUUGUGGGUUUCUCUGAGAGAGGGGUGCAGGAGUACUUCCAGAAGUUCUUUCAGAAUGAGAAACUCUUCAGGAAAUCAUAUGAGAGUGUGAAGGCAAAUGAAAGCCUCUUGGCUGCCUGUUCUGUGCCUUUGCUGUGUUGGAUGGUCUGUUUAUGUCUGAAGAAGCACUUUAUACGUGAUGAUCAUGUGAUGAGAGAACUAAAGACAACCACCUCCAUAUAUGUGCACUUAGUGUCCACUCUACUGGAGCAUCAUGACCAGAGUCAGUCUGUCCUCACCAUGCUGAGGAGUCUGGGUCAGCUGGCAGAGGAAGGGGUGAAGAAGCAACAAGUCCUUUUUGAUGAAAACUGUGUGGCCAAGACUGGCUUAGAUCCUGCUAUUACUCCAUUCUUGUAUAAAUAUGAACAGUUCUUCAAGUUGUAUAAGCAUUUCAGCUUUCAGGAGUUUUUCACUGCUCUUUAUUAUGUCUUGCUGGAUGAAGAAGAGUCCUGGUGUAAAAUCAGUGAGCUGUUUAACUUGAUGGAAUCUGAGGCUAUAAUUUACAGGUCAUCUCUGAUUUUUAGAGGUAGGCUGUCAAAUCCCAUCCCUUCAGUCAUGAUGUUUCUCUGUGGUCUCUUUAAUGACAAGGUGAGCAGCUCAGUCUUUGAAAAGAUCAAGUGUGCUGUUCCUCAAAUCAUAAAAAUGAAGAAAAAGCAACUAAAGAAAAAGGUGAUGGAAAAGAUUCCUGCAAUGACACGGCAGUAUGGAUUAGAGUUAUUUGCUCUCCACUGUCUAUAUGAGCUCCAGGAUGAGAGAUUAGUUGCAGAAGCUCUUAAAACACACAGUUUCAUUGAUCUGUCUAACGUUUCUCUGAGGAGCACAGACUGUUGGGUGCUGCUGUACUGUCUUCAGUGCUGUCCACACAUCAGAAACCUGAACCUCAUGUACUGUGAUUUAACAGCUGAGAAACUCAAGGUUCUUCAGCCAGUGCUCUGUAUGUGUGAGAAUAUGAGGAUGUCAGUAGAGCAUCUGUCAGAAGUUGGAGAUUUGAUCCAGAUUCUUGGUGAAGCAAAAAUCUUGAGAGAGCUGAAAGUUCAGGAGGAUGAAUACAGUUCUGAGAGUCCCAGAUGGUCACUUCACCUGUCAGUCACUUGUGGAGAUGUCUUGUUGUCUUUGAACUCCUCAGAGAAGAAUCCAUCAUUUCCAGCAGUCUUAAACAUCAGUCUUACAUGUCCACAAUCAGAGAUAUCCAGCACUGACUGGACACUCUUCUUACAGAGACUCAGCAAGACAGGAAAAUUAGCAGAGGAUUCUUCAGCUCUUGAUGAGCAUGUCAGUUUGCUGCUGUCUUCAUUUCACUCUGUGGGUUUGAAGAUGUUGGAUCUGAAGCUGGUCAGUCUGAAUGAGAGCUGGGCUUCUGGGAUCAUUUCCCUUGUCCAGACCUGCACCAGUCUACAGCAGCUCAGUGUCAGUGUCACUGAAUUGCUUUUGGAGGAGGGACUCAUGUUACUGGAGAAAUCACUGACAGAUCCACACUGCACUGUGAUCAUUGAAGGGUGGAAGUGGAAAGAACGGGCCUUGUGUCUCAGCUAUGAGGAAGUGAAGAUUCACUUCAAACCAAAAGAGUUGGAUAAGUUGAGCAGUAAAUCCACUGACCAGUGCACAGAAAACAACUGUAGUCAUUGCUGUAAUGAGAAAGUGGAGGGUCUCUUCACACCAGAGGAGCUGGAUGAGCUGGAAGAGCUGGAUGAGCUGGAAAAGCUGAACAUCUCUGACUCUGAAUCGUCUGGACUGAAUCUUCAGCCGCUCCCAGUGUGUCAGUCUUGUGUUCACAUUGUUGAUUCUGAUCAGUGGGUUCAGGUGGAGCCGUCAGUCUGUACAGAUGAAGGAGGGUCAGAGUUCAGGAUCAGCACUCCGGCGGGUCGAUUCGAGUGCAGCAGGACCAGAAUGCGAUGGGUCUGUGCUGAUGACGUCACUCUCCAGUACCGUGCAGUGGAUGGACAUUUCCUUACAGCAGAGCUGGAGAGAGUUCAGUGUCAGCGAAUUGGUCCUGUGAUUGAUGUGACAGUGAUCUCAGGGAAACUGGAGGAGGCCCAUCUGCCUCAUUAUGCCUGUUUAGCGAAGUCAUACCCCUCUCUCAAAGAUGCUGUAAAGGUCCUCAGUGUUGAAGAUGAGGAAAUCUGUUUGAAAUCAGUAGAGUUGACCCGUUUUCAUGCAAGACUAAUCCAGCCUUCCUUUUCUCCUACUGCUGUGGUUAUAAAAAAAGACGCCCCUGUUGAACAACAUUUAGAUCUUCUUAUCUUUAUGAAAGGAACAAAUCCUCUUAUUCUCCGUGUCUACUUGUUCCCACAGCUUGAUACUUUUUCAAACAAGAGAAUUAUGGAGGAUGAAAAAGCAAAAGAUCCUAAUAUCCUUGAGAUUGUGCACCCCAGGCCAAACAUGGCAUUUCAAAUGGAAACACCACACAUUCUUGAUGUGUGUGAUGCUGAUGUUAUUCCUUUAGAAGGGAUUUCAUUUUCAUCCGAAGCUAAGCCAAACUUCUUCGAGAUCAGGCAAGGUGAAGUUACAGAUAAGGAUGUACAGAUGACUCUAACCAGACAGCGCGAUCAAACACUUGUGUGGAAAACAGUUAUUUAUAAACAAAAACUAAUUCAGAAACAAAAAGUAAAGAGAGCGUUAAAGCGCAAGCAAGACAAUGUUUAUUUAUUUGAUGACAAUUGGCUAGAACUCAUUAACAGGGUUACAAAUCCGUUACGAAUUGCAGACAAACUGCUUUAUGAAAAAGUAAUUAGUGAAGAAGAAUACUCAAAAAUUAGAUCUACUCCAUGUCUUCAAGAAAAAAUGAGAGAGAUCUGUUACAUAGUACGAAAUGGUUGUAACAUGAAGAAAGCUAAAUUAAUGUUAAUUAUUGAGCAAGAAGAGGAAUUUCUUUUUAAAGAUUUAGAAAACCCAUCGUAGUCUUAAUCUUUUCUCUAGGUGAAUGCAUUACAUCUGUGGCUGCAGAUGAACCUAAGGCUUCUCUAGCCACUGUAAAUAAUAAUUAAUCUGAAAUAAAACAAACAGUAGUUUUCAAAAAAAAAAAAAAAAAAAAAAUUGAUAAUACUGAAUGAUCUGAGGAUCCUCAAAUUUAAACUGUGUUUGUUUUGCUUCAAGAGAGCAACCAUACAUUUGUGUUGUUGUUGUUUUUUUUUAUUAAUUUACAAUUAUUUAUUCAUUUAAAUUCAUCAUAAUUAAUGAUUUAUAAUCAUUAGUCAUUAGCCAUUUAUAAAAUUUAUCAUUUUAUUAUUGUUAUCAUUUAUGUCAUUUUUUUAUUAUUUAACUUUUAUUUACUUUUUUUAUUAUGCUUCUAUAUUUUAGAUUUCUUAUUAUAGUCAUAUAAUGAUUUAUAAUCAUUAGUCAUUAGCUAUUUAUUAGCUUUUUUCAAGUUGACACAAGCUUUACAUCAUAUUUGACUGAAUCUUGUCUCUUCACUUUCCCACAUGUACUUUUAUUCAUUAUUCUAAAAUCCUCCCUCCCGAGUCUCCAAAAACAACACUGUAUGAUACAUUAACUUCUCUAUUCUUAAUGGCUGCUUACACAGUUGGGAGAAUUGAGCAUUGACAAAAGUGAAUGAACUAGACAAAAUGUGCUUCUAGACAAAAGUUACAGACAAAACUCUUACAAAACCUUGAGAAACAUGCAGACUUCUGCAGUAUAUAUUUCCUUAUCGAAGAAGGUCAAUGUAAAAUAUGUUUUGUACAGGUUUUCUUUAUGCACAGGUGUGUACAAUUAAUUUGAAUGCACUGUUCAGUUUGACAUUAAUUCUUUUAUAUAGUCUUUUAUUAUAGUUUAACCACUUGUUUUAUAAACUGAAUUCUGUGUAUUUACAAAAAAAUAAUAAUGCUCUGUCUCAUAACUACACAUACUAAAUAAAAAGCAACUAGUGAUAGUAACAAUGUUGCUACAAACCUA